CUCGGCGGGAGUCGGUCGCCUGGCCUCGGAAGGCCGGCCCCUCAUUCGCCGCUUCGAGAUGGAUCGUGAACGGUCGUCUUUCCGCUCCUGCCGCAGAUUCGUGAGAGCCGGCCGUCAGAGGCGACCGUGAGGGCGUCCGGAUCGAGGAAAUCGGGAUCCAGGGUUCACGCCUCCGCCGACUCCGAGAUGAAGCUGAAGGAACGGGUGGUGGUCGGGAUCCUCUCGACACUCGUCUUCCUCACCGUCGUCCUCGUCCUCAACAUCGAGGUGGUUCAAGUCUCCCAGAACGGCGGCGGUUCUCCGUCGAGUCUCGGCUUCUUGGAGAACCUGGUGGCUCCGGACGCUCGGUCGGGUGCGAUGGUCGCGUUCCGCAAGCGAGUCCUGCAGAAGAGUCUCAACGGAUCCAGAGAAGCUUCCGAUCCGAAAUCGGGGGCGGGUGCUCAGCCGCCGGUACUCGGUUCUCCCAUCGACCCCGUGACGAACGAAAUCGCGUCGGUCGAUCCCGUCGUCGCGGAAGACUUCGGUGAUCUCGUGAAUCUCCUCGUGGUCAAGGGCGCCGUGGACCGGAAGCUCAGGCCGGUCAAGUUCACCAAGAAGAAGAAACCGAACCCCACCGUGUCCGAGGUCCUCGGCUUCAAGGCCAGGAAAAACGCAACGAGCUUCGAGAGGUUUCAUUUGGGGAUAUCCAGGAUGGAGAUGUACAAGGAACCGGAUUCCAUUGUGGACAAACUCCUGCACGAUAUGACCACCGAUGAGAUCGUCCAUAUGGAGCAAAAGGAUGGAGGAACGCAAUUGAAGCUGAUGAUCGAUUACGCGUCGGGGGGUCAGGCCAUGAUGAAGCCAAUGAGAUUUCCACGUGAUCGGGAAACUUUACCCGAUCACUUCUACUUCACCGACUUCGAGAGACACAACGCAGAGAUCGCAGCUUUCCAUCUCGACAGAGCGUUGGGAUUUCGUCGCACUCCGCCUGUGGUGGGGCGACUCCUCAACAUUACAACGGAGAUCUACGCCUUCGCGAAGGGGGAGUUGCUGAAGACGUUCUUCGUGUCGCCGGCAGGGAACCUUUGCUUCCACGGGAAGUGCAGCUACUACUGCGACACGUCGCAUGCCAUCUGCGGGCAUCCGGACAUGCUGGAGGGCUCAUUCGCCGUGUUCCUGCCGCCAAAGAAUGUCGUUCCACGGAAGCCCUGGAGACACCCCUGGAGGAGGUCGUAUCACAAGCGGAAGAAGGCCCAAUGGGAAUGGGAUGAUUCCUAUUGCGAAGUGGUGAAGGAGACGCCACCUUACGACAUGGGCCGUCGUCUUCUGGAUCUCGUCGACAUGGCGAUUUUUGAUUUCCUGAUGGGGAACAUGGAUCGACAUCACUAUGAGACGUUUUUGGUGUUCGGCACCAACGAUACAUUCCCGAUUCACCUGGACAACGGGAGGGCGUUCGGUAAAGCCAAUCACGAUGAGGUCUCCAUUCUCGCUCCCCUAGUCCAAUGCUGUCAAGUGCGACAAUCCACGCUCAUCACACUUCUAAGAUUCCAUCAAGGGGAAAAUAAAUUGAGCAAGGUGAUGUGGAAGUCGUUGAAUGAAGACCCACUGAAGCCAAUAUUGUUAGAACCCCAUCUAUUGGCCUUGGACAGGCGAAUUGGGAUUAUUUUGAGGACAGUGCGUGAGUGCGUCCAGGAAGCAAGUCGGACCGAGCUUGUGAUCGUAGACGAUGGCGUUUGAUAUUGCAUUCCAUGUGGUUGCGGCUUAAUGAUUCUCUUCCAUCUGUGAUGUGCAACUUGAGUCUGUGGUACAUCUUGGAUUUUAAAUGCUGACCUGGGCUAUGUUAUCAGGUAGUGCAUCUUGGAUUCUAUGUCGGCCAGGACUGCAUUGAGGUUUUUCUACUUCCUUUCACGGCUAAGCCAAAGACGCAUUAGUAUCUGGUCCCCGGGAAAGAGAAUGCACAACAAAAUAUUGCAAUGCUGCAGGCAUGAAUUGAAAGAGAAAUCAAUCUGAUUGCAUCCCAUGGAUGUAAAAAAUCCGCUACCUUUCUGUCCUUGAAAUUCUAAAUGGUCUGUCAUGUGCUUCUGCAUUGGAUAACCUCCUUGCUCCUCAAUUUCAUUCCGAAUUCAGUGAUGCAUUUGUGGAAGUGUCAUUGCAUGAAUGUCUAGUUUUUAAGGUUCGUGCAAAAAAAAUGAAGUCAGAGAACGAAAUUCAAGUUCAUGAUUGGCUGUACAGUCCCUGGUGGAAACUGGGUCGCAAAAUCUUGAUUGAUAUUCCCUGCCUUCAAAUUACUCUUAUUUCCUUCGACGUAGGAACAUGGGUUAACAUUUUCUAUAGGGCUACAUGGCAAAAUGUAUCACUCUUUACGAUUCUCCAGAAUUUAUCCCUUCGAAGCCAUCCACAACAUAAGGGACUGCCGCAGUGGGCGAUGCUACUCUUCCAAAUAGGUUUUAUCAUCGCUCUAAAUAGAAAAGAGAAUGCUUUAUGGUUAGCAGAACCUAAUUCUUUUUUCCUCGAAAAAAAAAACAGGGUAUGGCAAUAUAAGGGACUUUUAACCUGGAAAUCUCUGCUCAUACUAAAUAUAUUUUCAAGAAAAUUGCACUGUGUAUAAACUCAUGUUUCCAACAAAUUUUCGUAAUUUCAUCAAAAUUCGUUGUGCUGGGGCAAGGCUAUAAGCAAUUAUUUAAAAGUAGAUGGAUAUUGAAAAUGGACACUCGGAUAUUGGUUGUCAAUUGAGGAAGCACUGUGGUUGCAUAUCAUCGAACAUCUCUCCCAUUAAAUUCAACUUUUGAGCCAGCUUGCAUUUUGCUGCAGAUAGUUCCAAGAAUUUUUUCCCCCGUAUUAAUCCUUGAUGAAUCAUUAGUCCCUGAUGAGUCCCUGAUGAAUAGUCAUCAUGACAGGAAGUUUCCUGUUUUUAGAUAUCUUUAGAUUUGCCCCACA